AUGGUGGAAGAUCCGUCAACCAAGAGAUAUCAACCGCGCAAUUAUCUUGAGCUUUUGGAAAGAAGGGUAGCAUAUCUCGAGCAGAUUUUGAAGCAAUCUCGCCCAGAUCUGGCCGAUGACCAUCUGUUGGAAGAUAACGCUGUUCGACCGGAAGCUCAAUCCCCCACAUCGACGAUACCUACACAAUCCGUCGAACCUCAAUAUACCGAAUUCAGAGAUGACGAUGAGCAUGAUCGACUUGACGACUUGGCCUCCCAGGUUGGGUUGCUCAGUCUCAAUGCAGCGGGGGCGGAACCACACUACCUGGGUUCGUCAUCAACCUUUGCUUUCUCCAGAGUAAUCAACUCGUCACUCCGCCAGGUGGUUCUCCGAAAGCCCAGCAGUGAGACCACAGGCAUCCCAAAUCAGGAGGGCUCGGCAACCUUGCCUACACCAUGUUUAUUGCCCACGAAUGAAACAGCUAUCCGACUCAGCAACGCCUAUUUUCAAAAUGUUCACUCUCAAUACCCUUUCUUACAUGAGCCGACAUUCAGAUCAUGGGAGGCAACGCUUGCAAGCGCGUCCUCAGGAUUUAACAGCCUUAUCUCUAACCCUGUCGCUUUAUUCUUUCUGAAUAUGGUUUAUGCUAUUGGCGCUUUGCUUUUGCCGAGCUCGGAGGAGUACUCUGCAGAGCGAUUAUAUAUCUCGGCACAGCUAUACGUUGAUCAUAUAUUGUCGCGUGACAACCUUGAAGCAAUACAAGCGAUACUAUGUUGUGCAGUAUAUUCGGUUCGAUCAUCUAUCGGCACAUCACAUUGGAAGCUGGCUGGACUGGCCCUACGCCAAUGCAUCGACCUUGGUUACCACCGAGAUGCUAGACGGUUAAGAUCAGCUACAGCAGACCCAUUACAGAUGGAGUUACGGAAGAGGGUAUUCUGGUGUGCUUAUGUGAUGGAAUGUCAGGCUGCCGUCAUGCUGGGUCGACCGCUGGGUCUACCUUAUCAAGAGGUUGACGCUGAGUACCCUAUGGACAUCGAUGACUCCUACAUCACCAACUCUGGAAUAUACGGUACUCCACGGACGUCAUCAUCUGAGCCGCCAACAAGUAUGACAAAAGCCAUCCUUACCUUCCGCAUUCGGCGCCUUUUGGGUCAGAUCCAUACCUCGAUUUACUCAAAAGUCGCCCCGUGCAGCUCCACCCAAGAUGCACAGCAGAAGUGUAUUGACCAUCUGAGAAACGAGCUGGAGCAAUGGCGAGCGUCAAUUCCUCCGGAGGCCCCGGAGACGGGCCAGACACUUGCACUGUUCACAACCCCUGACUGGUUCAGACUCGAAUAUGACUAUACUCUGCUACAACUUUAUCGGGUUCAAAUCACUGAUCAUAAAGACGAAACACCAGACAGCGUUUUUAUUGACUGUUUAGAAGCCGCUGAGCACCAACAAGCUACACGUGGGCGGCACUCCAUGAGUUGUUCCUCGCAGGGUUGA